GAUUUAACAAAUUAAUUGAGUUGUUUCUUUCUUAGUUUCGUCAACCACAAAUAUAAAUGAAUAAAAGAUAUCCCGCUCCGAAUGUACUUUGGUGAAACAUUGUUUUACUUUGAUAAGAAUGAUGAGUUCCAAGACUUUCCUCCUCCAAAUACUUGCUCUUUUAGCUGCUGUAACUGUUGUUCUUCUCAUCUCUUUGGAGGUGGCAGCUGGACGCCUUGCUGCAACUACCACAGAUAUCAAUAACGCUGAGCUGGCUACUCGAACAACUGAGGCUGAGGUAGACGAUGCCAUCCUCUACGGCAGAAGCUGCAAAUUUGAGUGCUGUGAAUUACCUGGACGAGCUUGCUAUAGGAGGUGCUGCAAUUACACUGGUGAGGCGGUGGAUGUUGAAACUAGUGGCGAUCCUCACAACUAAUGUAGCAUUGCAUUUGCAUGUGUCUAAUUACAUGGGACCAAACCGUAGUUUGCUGAAUGCUAAGGGGAAAUGAAUAAAAUUGUGCUUAAUUAUCUCAA